CCCUUGCCAACUUUUUCCGUCGCUGCUGCUUCUUUGUUAUUCUGGUACAGACAAACAAGUGCUUGAAACUAUCUCACAUCAUUUCUAGUUCUCUUUACUAUGGAUAUUGCUUCUCUGCUCAACAAUGAUCCAGCAUCUCCUCAUUGUACUAGUGAUGAGUCUGAUAAGUCCUGGUUCCAGACCAAGCCCCAGUCGGCAGGCAAAACCUGGUCUCUAGACGAGGCUACUUUAGCACAUGAACUCAAAGCUCAAGGGAAAUCCUGGGAUGAUAUCAGUCGCGCGCUCCCUGGUCGGUCUGCUCAUGCUUGUUCUGAAUAUGAUCGUCGCAAUAAUCCACUUGAUCAUAAGAAGCGCUGGUCUCCAGAGGACAUUACCCUCCUAGAUAUCAUGGUAGGAAACAGGACGCCAUGGACAGAAAUAAGUGAGAAACUAGGACGGGGAAUAGCUGCCUGUCGUAUUCGGUAUAAGAGACUCAGCAGAGCUAGAGACCUGGCCAGAGAAAAGGAGAACUGGGUCGAAUUUAUCCCUCAGAAUAAGCCAUUAUCGAUCCAAGAGCGAAACCCCUCUCAGGGCCAGGGGGAUGCACCAAGCGAGCGUAACUCUCCUGGCUUCGCAGCAACCUCGCCAGUGUUCUCCCCUGGACCAGUCAGGCUCACGCUAGAAGAGGAGCAGGCGAACGAUGCAUAUUGGGACAACUAUUUUAAUGUACCGAGUCCUGAACCAAUGAAGGAGUCGUUUAAUUCUUGGUGGAAUAGACUCUAUCGGAAGCAGGAUCACGAAGCAGGUGCCGACCAUACUAUGGAAAUCUCUUCCCCCAUCAAUGCUAGGGCAUCUAUACAAUCGCCUAUAGGAAGGGAGGCCGCCUCUACAACCUUGCUAAAUGUGGGAUCCCAGAAUUCGACAAAUUUUCUUAAUGAACCCACUCUAGACGAGGUAGGAACGCGUCUUGAUUAUCCGGACAAUACACAUAUCAACACAAAAGCACUUGGCCCGCAGUAUUUUGAACUUUUUAACUGGGCUCGAAACCACCUUACUCAACUUAUCCCAGUUCUUGGUCCUGUCCUGAGGGAUCGUCUUGCUUAUGAACAUGCUCGCCGAACCAAGCGAUUAGAUGAGAUAAAACAGGAACAUGUCAACGCCAUCAUGCAAGGGAAAUGCAAGUCCGGCAGAUACUGUUAUGCUCGACAUGAUCACGUUCAUCUUGAAUCAGGCUACAAAACAGGUCAUCCGUGGGUCCAAGGACAAUCGGUUGCUGAGGAACAUCUUGGUGGUACCCCCCGCCCGCUACUGUCGGUCAAUAUGUUCCCGGCGGAGUUUGAAUGCCCCCUGUGCUUCAAUGUGAAGAAAAUCCAGACUCCAUCAGACUGGACUAAGCAUCUUUUCGAAGAUAUACAGCCGUUUAUAUGCACCUUCCCAGACUGUGCUAAUCCUGGACCCUUUAAACGGAAAGCUGACUGGAUCCGACAUGAGAAUGAGCGGCACCGACAGCUUAAGUACUGGGAAUGCUCUCUCCCAGGUUGUGAGUACAAGGCUUAUCGAAAGGAUAAUUUCGUGCAGCAUCUCGUCCGAGAGCAUGAUGUGAUGCCUAACUCGAGAUACCCUAUACAUCACCCGACGCGGCAGGUUGACGAGUUUUCGGAACUUGUGGAAAGCUGCAGCCACAAAACGACUAAAAAUCCUCAAGAGGAACCCUGCCGAUUCUGUGGCGGAAUCUACAUGGACUGGACCAGGCUCAUCAAGCACGUAGGCGAGCACCUGGAGGUUAUAGCACUUCGUACUCUUAGAUAGAGCUCGUGAGGCUGCCAAGUUCCCUCUUUUCUCAUGCCAGUUGAUUACCGUGUUCCCAGUACGAUGAGCAAGUGGGGUUUAAAAGAAACAAAAUCAAGGCUCUUAUCUGUCAAAGAUAUGUCAUGGAUGAUAGCCAUCCAUCUAUUCUCUAAAGGUUACAUAGAAAGAAAGUGAUUGGGCGGGGAAAGAAAGCCGCACAAACGUUGCCGCAGCACGCCUCAUGAGUCCGUUAGUCCACGCACUGGCGCCUAUAAGUGGCCGCCUGGUUCUCUCUCCCUACUUAGCUCGAGGCCUGGCUCGUGCUGCGGCGAUCACAAGUGCAGUCCUGUUGGUUGAUCAUCAAGCUUGAUUGGACAGUAGCCCAGGGUUUUGUCCCACUCUGUCACCAAACACACUAAACUUCCACGUCCGGAUGAUUUGCAUUCUCAUUGGCUUUAAUAUAGCUUCUACUCAAACAGGAAUUUCU